AUUUGUUCAACUUGGCUGGGACAAAAGCCCAAGUUGUAGGACUCGUGCCAGACGGCUCGAAUCUGCAAUGGAAGGCUGGCCCCACGAGACUGUAUCUCCAGGGACCCUAUGCCAGCGAGAUGAACCUGCACAGGACGAAGAAUGGCUGUGCGCUGAAGAACUCGGAUGGAUCUGGGACGGUGACGGCCAUGAGGACGGCCUCGAGCAGUCGUUGUUCCAACUCCCUGCUGAAGCCAGGCCGGCGCGGGAGGUGAACUUGAAGGCAGAUCGAGCACACAGGGCCCUCCUCUCUGACCCCGGAAUCGACAUGACCACGGCUCUAUCGCUUUGCAAGACCAACUCGGACGCGUCCACGCCAUCAAGUGAAUCUAUCGUCUGUCUGGAGGAUCACCAACCAGGCUACGCCUACGGCGAAGGCCUUCCCGUUGCGACGGCCAACGCAGAACUGUUUGAACCGGCAGAGCCGCGUGUUCUUACAAGGGUUCCUGAGACCUUGAUCGGCGAACUUGGACGACUACUACCGAAGGAAUUGCGCGACAAGGUCGUGGUGUUGUAUUUCCGCCACGUUCACCCCCUUUGUCCGGUCGUGGAUGAGUACGAAUUUGCCAAAAUAUACCGUGAGUGCAGACGGGAAAGAGAUUUAUUCCUCCGAUUCGACGUCAUGCUCUUCAUGGCUAUGAUGUUUGUGGGAUUUGCGCACGUGGAAAAGUCAGAGCUGGCGAAAAGCUCCGUCUCGACCAUCCUUGAAGGCCAAAACGCAUUGCUCGGGCACGUCAAGUCACUGUACAACAACAGUUUCACCUCGACGAAUCCCACGACCCUGACCUGCGUCUGCGUGUUGCUUAGCUACUGGAGCCCCUUCAACCUAGACACCCAGGUGAACUCUCGCUGGGUGGCCCGGGCCUUUCUCCACGCCAGGCAAGCCAGGCUGGAGGAUCCGGACUACGACAGCGGCACAAUGUUCUCGCGGCGCAAGAUCAUCUGGUGGUGCUGCGUCCUGCGGGACCGUCUGGUCAGUGUCGGGCUCCGACGCCUCCAUCGCCUGCACAAGGUCGAAUCGCGCUGGGGACCAGUCACAACCAUGGACUUUGGCGCCGAAGCCGUCCUGCCGCAGUUCAUGGGGGCGGAAUCGAAGCGGAUCAUGAUGGCGGCGUUCAUUUGGAUGUGCGAUCUGACGCAGUUGAUCAACGACAUCGGCACGUUCCACGUGGACCGCAAGUUCCAGCGGGAAUGGCGCGAUGUCUCCUCAUCUGGGGAUUCAGACCACGACUUGCUGCUGGACGAAAUGUUGCAGUGUUCGGCCUAUGAAUCUCGACUCAAGGAGUGGAAAGUCAGGUUCAAACAAGACAUGGCCGGUGCCAUGGCUCGGGAGUCCGUAGACAUGAGCAAGGUACCAUUGCGCAUGCCGCAGCUGGUCAACCUUUCGCUCUUUGCCGCUCUCUAUCGACCGUACUUGAAGGUUAUUCAACCAGAAUCCCGCUUUGGAACGCAAUUCCGCACUCUGGCAGCCGCAAAGGUGAAGGAAGCAUCUGCCAAAGUCGUAAAGACAGUAUACAAGAUCUUCUCUGAAAGCAGAGUCGAGCAUGUCCCACUUGCCAUUACCGCCUGGAUCGCCCUGCCUCUGGCCGUAUGUGAGCUGGACUGGCAUGCUACUGGGGGGAAAUCUUCGUGUCUCAGCGUUAACCAGCGUUCGGACAUUAUGAUCUCGUUGAAUGCCUUGGCCGAGCGCCUCUGCGGUGUCCAACCCACGUACCGCCUUCUAAGCUGGGUCUCAAGCCUCAUAUCAAACCAGGGGCAACAUUCUCCCUCGCGAGCCACGAAACGGGCCCGAUCCGCGGGCCCCGAUGUCCGCAUUCCGCAUGCGAAGCCUGUGGCUUCUCCGGGCGAAGAGGAAGAUUCAGAAAUCCUGGAUCUUGUGGCCGGGGCAGUUGACUUGUCUCUUUCCAGCGACGAGAAAAUGUAAAAUGACUAUGUAAUGUUCGAGUAGAGACAAGUGGCGAAAAGGUAUUGGCGAGCCUCGCACAACUUCCACAGCUGUCGUAUACGUUCGUAAUCGUGGGGGACGGAGAUGCGGUCGAG